AUGGAACCACCGCUUCCACUACUGGACACGCCAAAGAAGAUCAAACUUCAAUCACGAGUCGAUGACUUGAAAAUCGAUCUGAAAGCCUUCGAACGUGCGUUCGCUGCCCAACACAAGGGCCAAAAACCCGGUCGCGAGGAUAUCAAAGCCAAUGCGGGAAUCCAAGCCAAGUACACAGAACAUGGAAAGUUGCGAGGCGUCUUGGACGGAAAGUUGAGCAUAGAAGUCCUGAACAAUUUGUCGCAACAAGAACAGAAUGCACGCAAUCGGCAAAGGAAGCACCGUCGAACAGACAGCGCGAUUAGCAUAAAACCCCAUUCGACAAAUCAUAACCAGACCCCUUCAAAGGGCCGGUACCACCCAAGCCAGCUCGAUCCCUAUGAUGCUCCUCAGUCUGCAUCCCCAAAAGCCAUACUCCGCGAGGUUGGUCCGACGCCGCAUCGCAAUGGCACGAUCCUCGGCAUCUUCGACAUGCUCCAUGCAUCCGGUGGCUCACGUAAAAGCUCACAGGAGACUCCGUCGGGAAGUAAGAGGAAAAGAGAUGCUUUGCACGAAGAUGACACCAAGGCGAAAGAUCUGGAAUUGACUAUCUCGCAAACACCACGCCAUGAAAAAUCAAUCGUUCGAGAUACCCAACUAGCCGCUACAACACCGAAAUCUGGUCCUGCCACUGGAAGGAGGAACCACUCAAAGACCCCGGUCAGCGAAAGCAAAAGAUUCAUGUUACAACACUUUUUCACAACACCGAGCGCAGUCCGGUUCGCGACCAUGUUACAAGAUGAAAGCACUCCGCAUGCUAAAACGCCCGUGGACAAAACACCACUACGCGAUCAAGUCCUCGGCAUUUCACCUUCAAGGACCCCUACCGCCACGGCAGAUGCAACGCCACCAUACUUGAAACGGUCGUUCUCCUUCAAGGAGAGACUGUUAUCUGCGUCUGACAACAAUGGAUCGCCCACCUCUUCACACCGCAAAACGAGCCCAGGAUCUACUCGAACGAUGGGAACACGCAGGACUCAACAAACAAAGUUUGUACCGAAACCUCUCAGCCAAAUAAUUGCAGAUCGGGCAAGCCAACAAACUCAAGACCAGCACGGGCACAAUGACCACGACGGUAAUAGUGACGACGAUGACGAUUUAGACGCCAUGAGAGAGAUCGAGCUUCAAGAGGCGCAUGUGCUUGUGGGAGAUAGUCAAAGAAUCGGUCCCCUAGCACCAAGCCACGGUGACGAGCAGCAAGGCAGGGUCUGGAAGAAAAAGGGACAAAAGCGAACAACACGACGGGCGGUCAUGCGACCAACUAAGAUGAAACCUGUGGAAGGUCCAAAAUUCGUGGCGGCGGAUGAGGACGAGGACGAGGACACCUCUCCCACGGACCACGAAGCCUCCCGCGUCGAAGAGACGCAAUACAUCCCGGAUGAAGCAUACGACGAUUUCCCCGAGCCAGACGAUGACGAACUCGAGUAUCUCAUCGCAGAAGCGGAGCGGACCGGGCAGAGUAAGGACCGACAUGAAAAUUCAAAACCCAGCAGCUACAUCGAUGAAGAAGAUCUCGACGAGGACUUCCUACCAGAACCAGUCAGUGUCAAUGUCGAUGUCGACAUCGACAUCGACAUCGAGAGCCCCAUCAAAAGACGAAAGAAAUCCGACUCUUCCAAACCAGCGCGAUGGAAAACCCAGACCGAGCAAUCCAAAUCGAAAAAGAAGAAGAACCAAGGAGACGAUGACGACAACGACGACAACACCACCACGCGCAAAAUCAACCCGAACGCACAGUCACACAUGAAUUUCCGGAGCCUGAAGAUCCGCAACAAGAACUCCAAGGCGAAAGGGGCGGCGGGACGAGGCAAGGGUCGGUUCGGGAGGGGCAGGCGAUAG